AUAGAAGUCUUCAUCGAUCAGCUGUGCUUCGCACAGCAUAAGUUUGUAAACUAGACUCAUACCAUAGAAAGUCUUCAUCGAUCAGCAGUUUUAAGUUUCCGAAAUGCUUAAAUAUUGUAUUGUCACCGGAAAGAAAAGUGCAUGCAAAAUUUCAGCUCGAUUAUAGCAGUAGAAGUGGUCGAAAUAUUGAUCGCAAGAUUUGAAAUUUUUUGCAAACAAACAAACAAACGAGAAAGCUAGUUAAGAAAAACGUGGUAAAAUAUUCAAUGAAUAAGAAAAAAAAGUGGUUUUUAUGGGUUUUUAUCAAUUAAUAUAUUAAGAUGAGUGCAUUUAUUCAUUUGUAUAAUAUGUAUGAGGAAGAGCUGUAUUCAAAUUGCCACAAUUUAGCUCAAUUUUAUUUGUCAAAUCCUGAAAUUUUCAAUUUAACUCCGGAAAUACUUAUUGUUGUUUACAUUAUUAAUGGAAAUUCACUAUGGGAAAUGAAGCACUACACGGAAUCUCAAAAACAGUUCGAGGAAGCGCUUUUAUUGAGAAAGGCUUUAAUAGAUCCAGCAAAUAUUAAUUACACUAAGGAUGUUAAGGAUCAGUCAAUUAUACUUGGUGUAAUUGAGAAUUUCAAUGAAAAUGAAUUAAAGUAUAGGAUUGCAAAGUGUCAAGUUGAGAACCAGCAAGCGAAAGAAGCCUAUUCAAUCUUGCAGUCAAUUCCAAAGCCUCGAUCUGCUAAGGUGAACUUCAUGAUGUGUAAAGUAAUCCAGCAAUGUGAAUCAGGAAGCGAUAAGAAUUUAAUAGCAUUAUAUAAGGAAGUGCUGAAGAAAUGUCCACUAGCUUUUGAGUGCAUUGAUUCAAUGCUGCAUAUGGGAGUUAAAGGAAAUGAAGUGAAUUCACUGAUCAUUAACACAACGUCCGCAGAAGGUGCAAAUUUUGAAUGGCUGAAUCUUUAUAUUAAAGGACUGUCAGAGAUCCACAAUAGGAAAAAUGCUGAGGCUAUAACCACACUCUUGUCAAUUGACUGCUUAAAAUCUAAUCCUAGAAUAUUGGCAUUGGUUGGUGAAGCUUUAUAUUUUUCUGGAGAUUAUGAAGGUGCAUAUCGGUAUUUAAAAAGAUCCUAUGACAUUUAUCCAUUCAUGAAGGAAGGCAUUCAAAAGUAUGCACUUCUUUGUGAUAUGUUUAAGAAGCCUAAAGAAUUAGAACUGAUGCUCAAGCCUUCAACAUUAUUUCCGUACUCAUCAACUAAUUGCUUUGUCUUUGCUACAUAUUUAUUUUGUUCCUUAAAACUCGAUAAGGCACAGUAUUUUAUUAAUCGUGUGCUCUCAUCACAUCAGUAUAAGAACGUUGAUGGAUUAAUUCUUAAUGCUAAAAUCUUGCAUGGAAAUAAGAAGCCUAAUGAAGCACUAGUAAGUCUCAGGAAUGCACUUAAGUAUGAGCCAUACCGUUUUGAAGUUCAUCGAUGGAUUAUUGAAAUUUUAAUGGCAACAGAUAAAGGAAAAGAUGCACAGAAUCAAGCGAUAAAAACUUUAAAGUUACUGGGUGAAAGUCCAAGGACAUUAACUAUAGCAGCAUCAACAUUCCUCAAAAAUCCAAUAAGCAAGGAAAAGGCCAAAAUUUAUCUAUACAGAGCACUGGAACUGAAUGAGUUUUAUGUUAAAGCAGUAUUCUUUUUAGCUCAAAUCUUAAUCGAUGACAACGAAACAAAAGCAGCUAUAGUGUUGCUUGAAAAAACGUCUUUAGUUGUGUCUAAUAUUAAAAUUAGCUUGAUGCUAGCUGAUCUAUAUGCAAAAAGUAAAAACCUUUCGUCAGCACUAGAACAAUACACAAAAGUUCUUAAUUUAGACUCCAAUAAUAGACAUGCAAUGAAUGGGAUAAUGGCGUUAGGCACAACAUCAAGCAAUUCCCUUGAACCAACUGCUGAAGAGGAUUUUGAAGCAGUAGAAAAUACAUCGAGGAAUAAAAAUGAUGAAACGAAUGAGGAUGAGCUGAUUUGGUCCGAUAUCGAAAUGGAGAUUAAUUAGAAUUGUUUCAAUUUUAGAAAUAAAGUUUCUUUUUGUUUUAUAUUUUAAAGGAUUUUAUGCUGUUUAUUCAUUUCUAGGACUUUCAGCAGAAAUAAUGGCUUCGACAGUUAUUUUUUAUAAAAAAUUAUUGGUUUUCAAAAUUUCAAAAUAUAUUCAAUCGUUA